AUGAGCAAGGGCGGGCCACACGCAUUUGAGCAUUCUGACGUCGGCAUAGAUAGGACGACCCUCAAAUGGCACGACCUCGGGGCACAUGCUGGGACGGUCCAGCUGCUUGAUGGCGAGGAGGUGAUUUUGAACCAAAGCCCGUCAAAAUAUCCAAAGGUACUCGCAGAGCACAACUGUGCUCUGGGGAUGCGCAAUGGCAGGAAAUAUAACGGCAUUGCGUCGCUGAACCUCUUGACCCCCUGGAGCCGCGACAUACCGGAUGGGCGAAUCCAACGGGUGGGAAAAGACGCCCAAGGUCCGCACAAGGUGGAGGAGAAUAUUGCGCCCGGGACUGUGGCCAAGGUCGAGAUUGGCAUCUGGGCCAUGGGUGUCGAGUAUGAAGCUAGUGAGGAACUGCGCUUUGUUGUUAGUGGUCGUAGCAAGUCUGUUAGUACCUUUUGCAGCAAUGGUGCCGUAAACAAAAAGGGGGCGUAUAAGAUUGACUAUGGGGUGAACAUCCGAGCCCUUUGA